AUGAUGGAGGCUGUUAAUGGAUUUUUUGAAAGUGUCGGCCUAGAGAUGAAUUCCGAAAAAUCAGCAUCUAAUGUGGAAUCUUUAUCAUGCUGUGAGACUGUCGAUGGAAUCAACGGAUAUCGCUACUUGGGUGUACUUGAAGAUGGCGGAAGUAAUGUUCUCAAGAAUAAAGUUAUGGACUCCAUAUUGGAGAAUGUCAAGAAGAGGAUAACUAUGUUGUCAAAAACAAACCUGAAUGCUGUAAAUUUGUUUCGUGGAAUCAAUGAAUAUGCAUUAUCCCUAUAUAAUUAUUAUAUUGGGCUAAUCAAUAUUGAACCUUACGAAUUUGAUGAUAUUGACCAACAAAUACGCCGAUUACUUACGACUCUCAAGUUACACCUCCAGCCUGCAAAUAAGGAGAGGUUGUAUUUGGACCGCAAGACCCUUGGAAGAGGACUUGCCUCAAUUUCUUUCAAAAGCGAAUUAAUGCUCUUCCAGUUUCUUAAAAGUUUGGAAAAACAGUCGACUACCUGUCUGCGGAGGUCGGGUAUUCUGCGAGUAAUAAAAGGAAAAAAAUGGCACUUAGCCACAAUCGCAGAAUUUCUUGUCUCCAAAUAUGCAGCUGUCGGCAGGGAAAAUCUGACCAUUGAGUUACUGAAGGACGCACAAAGGAAACUCUUGCUUAACCGAAUUAACAGUAAAUCACUACACUACACUCGGUGA